AUGGCGUGGGAACAUCUCUCCAUCACCAAGCCACAUCUGGUGUACAUCAUCUUGGGUGGCUUCACCUCCCUUUUUAUGCUAUGCUCCUCCGUCAUCAAGGAGCGCAUGUACAUUGGUGAAGCGACAGUUGCGACACUCUGCGGCCUCAUAUUUGGCCCUCACGCUGCUAACCUCAUCAACCCGCAAUCAUGGGGAAACGUCGACAUCGUCACCAUUGAGUUCUCACGGAUAGUACUCGUGGUUCAGUGUUUUGCUGUUGGCGUCGAAUUGCCCAAAUUUUACAUGGAGCGGCAUUGGAAGUCGGUUAUUUUCCUCUUGGUGCCUGUCAUGGCCUUUGGCUGGUUGAUCACCAGCUUGGUCAUCUGGUGGAUGAUAACUCCCCUGUCAUGGCUAGAGAGCCUGGUCAUUGCAGCAUGCGUGACUGCCACUGAUCCUGUCCUGGCUUCUUCGGUUGUCGGCAAGGGAAAGUUCGCGAAAAGGGUACCCAAGCAUCUGCGGGAUCUACUCUCAGCCGAGUCAGGAUGCAAUGAUGGCAUGGCCUUUCCAUUUGUAUACCUGGCAUUAUACCUGAUUCAGGACCACAUGAACGCCAAGGACGUGACGUUUCACUGGUUUGUCUUCACCAUCCUCUACGAGUGUGUUUUCGGCGCCCUCUAUGGCUUCAUAAUCGGUUAUCUUGCUCGUCACGGGAUCAAGUACGCCGAGAAACACGAUCUCAUUGAUCGUGAGAGCUUCUUGGUCUUCUAUUUCGUUCUUGCCCUCUUUUGCGCAGGCUCAGGCAGCAUCCUGGGUAUUGACGAUCUUCUUGUUGGCUUCGCUGCCGGGGUGGGUUUCUCUAACGAUGGUUGGUUCGGCCAAAAGACCGAGGAGUCCCAUGUCUCCAACGUUAUCGACCUGUUACUCAAUCUUACAUACUUCGUUUACUUCGGCACGAUCAUCCCCUGGGAAAUGUUCAACAAUGCCGAUCUAGGCCUUGACGCGUGGAGGCUGGUUGUGAUCGCCAUUUUCGUCCUUCUUUUCCGCCGAAUUCCCAUCAUGAUGGCAUUAAAACCGCUGAUACCCGACAUAAAAACAUGGCGAGAGGCUCUGUUUGCCGGUCACUUCGGUCCCAUCGGUGUCGGUGCCAUCUUCGUCGCCAUUCUAGCUCGAGCCGAACUUGAGUCGGAAACGCCUGUGCCGCUAUCUGAGUUACCACCUCCAGGUUCCCCACAUUUCACUCUCAUCACGCUCGUGUGGCCCAUCGUAGCCUUCCUUGUGGUUACCUCCAUACUUGUCCAUGGAUCUUCCGUUGCCGUCUUCACGCUGGGCAAGCACAUCAACACGUUAACGUUGACCAUGUCAUACACCACAGCGCCGGAAGAUGGGCCGUCGUGGAUGAACAGGCUGCCUAGAAUCACGUCACAGUCCAGGUCGCAGGCCAGAACCAUGUCGGAUACGGAUACUGAUGAGCCAAAGAUGCCCGAGUAUCCGCCCGGAACUCUACCCCCAAUUGGGUUCCCUGGAAACUUCUUGCGUCGCGUGAGAGAUGACGAGAAGGAUGACUCCGGCAGGCAGCCACGGCGUGCCUUGUCAACCGGAAGAAAGAGGCGCAGCAGUAGAAAGAGGUGGGACGACGGAAUCGGGCCGGGCGGGCCAAUCUCAGAGUCCGCAAUCUUCCCGCGGCGCACCGAAAGCGACACGCCCAAUGCACCAGAGACACAGGAGGAUUCUAGGGCCUCGCCUUCAGACAACAACUCCUCGGAGCGUACCCAUGUUGGGGGCCAGAAUGGUGGCCAUUCUGAGAACGACUCGCAAAAGACAGAGACUCGUCCCGGAUCAGGACACGGCGGACAGGAAAACGAAAGAGGCCGCCAGGAAUCUGCAGUGCGCCUCUAUAGCGAGGGAGACCACCUAGUAAUUGAGAACAUGGAUGGAGACGUUAUUGCGCUUGACCCACAACCCCAGGAAGUCGUACCUCAGCCACCUGUAGGUGGUGAUGGGCAAGAGGCAGCAUCUGGCUGGUCAUACGACGCAAUAAAGAAGAAGCUGGGUGACUGGAAAGAGGGGGAGAUCCAGAAGCGUAACAGGGGCAAAGAAAAAACAAAGAAGCACGCUCCUGCGCGUGCGUAUCAAUUUGGAAAUACCAUCAUCGUUGAGGAUGAGGAUGGCGAAGUGCUGAAGAAGUACGAGCUGCCGUCAGGGAAGCCAGAGAAGGAAGGUGGUGACCUGGUGUCGCAAGGUUUGAAGAAAAUGGGUAUCGGAUCCAAGCAAAAGGGUGCGAGUGCCGAAAAUGCAAACGACAACGUCCCUCAGGCAGAUGGAGCACCAUCUAGCAGCAACCCCAAACCUACACAAAGGUCAAGGAAAAAGAGUUCGGCGGCUGAGGAGGCGGAUGAGGAAGAUGACAGGAACAUCCGCUUCAAAAUCGGUGGCGUUGGUCAGCGCAUGACCAAGGAAGACUUCAUCAGGGAAAUGCGCAAGCUGGACAAGAGCACCCGCCGUGAGGUCGUGGACCAGUCGUCGGCCUCGGUAGCGGUAAAGGCCUUGGCGAACCAGGAACGGCGUCCGGAAGACUCACCGAAGGCUGGCGACAGUCCCCGCGACGUCGGAAGGAGCCGGUUCACCUCACAGCCGUCUAAACCGACAGAAGCAGAGGCUGCAUCACGAAGUGGAGACCGAGACCAAGACGGUGAGACAGCUGCCGAGCGAAGACGAAGGUUGUCGGUGCUGAAACACAUGGAGUCGGAGGAUAUUAUCAAUGACAACACAGAGACGCCAGCAGAAAGGCGCAGACGCGAAGCUGCGCUGGGAAUAGGCCCCAGUGAUCAGGUGGCUGAGGCGGACAGCGACGACGAGGAUGGCUUACCGAGGGAACCCUCUGCCAGACGAGGAAUCCGGUUCGCCGAGCCUACCAGAGGCAACAAAUGA